CGUGAUACGCAUGCGCCAUACUGGAGGCCGCCAUUUUGUUGCGGAAGCCGUGUUAUACACAUUUUGAACCGGCAUCAAUAGUUCUUGGGACAGAUAAAGUAUCUGCCCCUGUUUGUGGAUCGAAAUGGCGGAUAACAGCAUUCGAGUGGUUCAGGAAGAUGCACAGUUUCAAGUCGAGUUGGCAAAUGCUGGAGAAAAACUGGUUGUUGUCGACUUCACAGCGUCGUGGUGUGGUCCUUGUCAACGAAUAGCGCCUGUGUUUGCUCAACUCAGUACUAAAUAUCCUACUGCUGUCUUCCUUAAAGUCGAUGUUGAUCAAUGUCAGAAUACAGCGCAUGGAAAUGGUGUGAGGGCGAUGCCAACGUUCAUGUUUUUUCGUAAUAAAACAAAGUUGGAUGAACUGCGAGGAGCUGAUCCUGUGGGACUAGAGGCAAAAAUUAAACAAUGGAUCGGUAGUGAACCUGAGGAGACGGAGGAAUCUGGAGUUCCUGGCCAUAUAGAUUUAAUGUCUAUGAUUGAGAAAGGCGGAAGUGAAUGCCUCAACCAAAGUGAUGACUGUGAUUAUACUGAUUGUUUCAAGAAAGGUGGGAAAUACUUAGAAUCUGAUUGUGAUGAGCAGUUAAUCUUACACUUGGCAUUCAACCAACCUGUAAAGUUACAUUCAAUCAAAAUACACGGUAAUCCUGAUGAAAUGGACAAAGCACCAAAGAAUGUCAAAUUGUUUAUAAAUCAGCCCCAUACAUUAGAUUUUGACAAAGCGGAAAGUUAUGAACCUCUACAGAUACUUUCUAAAAAGGAUAUCAGGACUGAUGAUAUUAAAUACCGAUCCAGGACUUGUGAUAUCGGAUACUGGUGCAGGACUGGUGAUAUAAAAUACCGACCCAGGACUGGUAAUAUUAGAUACCGGUUCUGGACUGGCGAUAUCAGAUACCGGUUCCGGACUGGUGAUAUGAGAUACCGGUUUCAGACUGGUGAUAUCAGAUACUGGUUCAGGACUGGACUGGUGAUAUCAGAUACUGGUUCUGGACUGGUGAUAUCAGAUACUGGUUCAGGAUUGGUGAUAUCAGAUACUGGUUCAGGAUUGGUGAUAUCAGAUACUGGUUCAGGAUUGGUGAUAUCAGAUACUGGUUCAGGACUGGUGAUAUCAGAUACUAAUUCAGGACUGGUGAUAUCAGAUACUGGUUCUGGACUGGUGAUAUCAGACACUGGUUCAGGAUUGGUGAUAUCAGAUACUGGUUCAGGAUUGGUGAUAUUAGUUACUGGUUCAGGACUGGUGAUAUCAGAUACUGGUUCAGGACUGGUGAUAUCAGAUACUAGUUCAGGACUGGUGAUAUCAGAUACUGGUUCAGGAUUGGUGAUAUCAGAUACUGGUUCAGGAUUGGUGAUAUCAGAUACUGGUUCAGGACUGGUGUUAUCAGAUACCGGUUCUGGAUUGGUGAUAUCAGAUACCGGUUCAGGACUGGUGAUAUUAGAUACCGGUUCAGGACUGGUGAUAUCAGAUACCGGUUCUGGAUUGGUGAUAUCAGAUACCGGUUCAGGACUGGUGAUAUCAGAUACUGUUUCAGGACUGGUGAUAUCGGAUACUGUUUCAGGACUGGUGAUAUCAGAUACUAGUUUAGGACUGGUGAUAUCAGAUACUGGUUCUAGACUGGUGAUAUCAGAUACCGGUUCAGGACUGGUGAUAUUAGAUACCGGUUCAGGACUGGUGAUAUUAGAUACCGGUUCAGGACUGGUGAUAUUAGAUACCGGUUCAGGACUGGUGAUAUUAGAUACCGGUUCAGGACUGGUGAUAUCGGAUACCGGUUCAGGUCUGUUAUUUGUGGCAGAUAAUCAAGGUGGUGAGGACACCACAAUUAUUCAACAUUUGAGUUUCAUAGGAAGUCCUGUUCAAGCAGCAACAAAUAUGAGUGACUUUAAAAGAGUAGCUGGCAAGAAAGGAGAAAGUCAUUGAUGAUGCAUUACCGCAGUGAAUCUGAAUUACUGUAAAAUACUUUAUUUUCGCUGAAGGAAUGAUUCAGUGAAAAUAAAAUCCAGCGAAUAUACCUUUUUUCCUAUAUUUUACAUUCGACAAGUUAAAAAUCAGUGAAAAUUAUUUCCAUACAAAACACCCAUAAAGUUUUUUCAGCUAAAAUCAAUUCCAGCUAAAAUAAAGUAUUUUACAGUACUACUAAUUUGAUAUUUAUGGUUAUUUUAAUAUGACUUGAUUCCACGUUUUUUGCUCUGUUGUCGUCAUAGAUGAAGAUCAGAUCUGUUCAUAUCAGUUGAUUGGCUGUUGUCAUCCAUCGUCUGUUCGUCAACAGUUACAUUUUCAUCUUCUACUUGAGAACUACCAACUCAAUAGGUUUGAUACUUGGUUUGUAGGUUACUUUGGUGGACCUUUGUUAGAUUUGUUCAUUUUGUUACAAUAUCUUUAAUAUUUUGGCGAAUAGUUUUUUGUCAUUUUUGGUAAAAUAUGUUAUUUUCUAUUUCUUCUUGAAAUCUACCGGCUCACUUGCUUUGAUACUUGGUAUGUAGACACAUUUUAUUGUCCUUUUGGGUAAAAAAAAUUAUUUUCGACAACUUCUUGAAAACUACCAACCUAAUUGCCUUGAUACACGGUAUGUUCACCUUGGGUGGAUCUCUUUCCAGAUUUGUUCAUUUCAGGAUGAUAUUUACAAUUUUCUAUUUUUAGUGAAUAUUUUUGUCAUUUUUUGUACAAAAUGAUAAUUUCACCUUCUUGAAAACCACCAGAAUGAUUGCUUUGAUAUUUGAGGUAUAUAUUAUUUUUCUUAUCAAUUUUAAUUAUAACAUUAUAAUUUUUGAUCAAAUGUUGGCAUGUUAUUAACAGCCAGUACCAAACUACUUUUGUGUGAGUUUACUUCGCUUUGACUUAUGGGUGUGCACUACUUGAUUUGACACACUGUUUUGUAGGACAGCGGAGCAAAUUUGACCGUCAGGAUUCUUGUUCUCUUAUGCCAUCAUUUCUGGUGCAAUUCGUAUGCACACUUGUUGUCUCACUAAUAGAGUUGAUUUUGUUGGUGUCUUCAGUCAAAAUAUGAAGUCAGAUUGUUGAUUGUGGGGAGACAGCUCUUCAAUGUGGUUCCUAAUUUCCUUCAUUUUUUUGUUUAAGAAUGUCAAUUUUCUUCGAUAAAAUUGCAAGGUGCCCUUUUCAAUGUAUGAUUUUCUAUUGAAUCAGUGAUGCCGCAGGAAAUGAGUAUAACGAGUUACAUCACAAAGAAUCUGUCUGAUUGGCUUAGAAGGGCACACAGAUCAUCAAUUUAUGUGUACUUUGGUGCAUCAUCAAUUCAUGGGUACACAUCUGUACGAGUCAUUUGUUUUGUGUUAAAUAUCUGUACGAUUCUUUUACGUGUACACAAAUGCAUCAUCACUUCUUGUGUACACUAAUGCAUCAUCACUUCUUGUGUACACUGAUGUCAUCAAUUCAAGUGUACUUUUGUAUCAUAACUGCAAUGGUUAUUUUGCCAGUUUUAAUAAAUGUAUCAAAUUGGAUUAAAUAGAAAUGUCUUUCUCAUUUCAUAUAUUGUAAAAUACUUUAUUAUAGCUGGGAUUAAUUUUCAUUGAAAAGGGUUUUGGCGUUUUGCAUGAAAUUUAUUUUCACUGUAUUUUAGAUUACCUAUUUGAGUAUGUUGGCGAAAAUAUUUGACAUUACUUUUAUAAAAAUCCAGUACUGUAACAUAUUCAAUGGCAUUAAUUUAGGGGAGUAUUUUGAGGAUCCUAGAUUGAAACAAUUCUCAAAAGUAAGCGCAAAAUUAAAUACACUGUAACUUCAAUAUAAUAAACAUUUUUAUAAUGAA